ACAACAUUUCGCAACAUUUCGUGAAAAAGUUCACCGCAUUUUUGCAUCAGUAUCGUAAAACCAAAAUUAUUUAAUUAAGUUGUAGUAAAAGUACAUUAAGAAACCAUGUUUAACUGCCUACGUUUAAGCUCGUGUCUAGUGCGUAAUGGCGCAAGCAGUUGCAGCAAAUUUUCUGCAUUUAAAACCAUCAACCCUGCCAGGUCAUUCGUGAGUAAUUCGUUCAAACAAACCGGCGGGGGAUUUACCUUACGAGAUGCAACAAAGAAUAGUCUUCUAGCGAUCAGUCGAUCGUCGUAUCGAGCUCCCAUUAGCCGAUUCUGCACUAAACCAAACCUGCCGGAGAAAGGCAGUAAAGCGGUCGGAUACUGGCUGCUCGGAUGUAGCGGCAUGGUCUUCGUGGCCGUUGUUCUAGGUGGCGUUACGCGGCUAACCGAAUCGGGCCUCUCCAUGGUCACGUGGAAGUUGCUCGGGGAAAAGAUGCCCCGGACAGAUGACGAAUGGCGCGAGGAGUUUGACCGAUAUCAACAGUUUCCCGAGUUCAAACUGAAAAACCAGGACAUCUCACUUCAGGAAUUUAAAAUGAUCUGGUACAUGGAAUACGGCCACCGAAUGUGGGGACGUGCGAUCGGUGCAUUUUACGCUAUCCCGGCCGUUUACUUCUGGACCAAAGGGUACUUCAAUCGAGCCAUGAAGAUUCGUGUGCUCGCCUUCGGCACCCUUAUCGGUAUACAGGGGCUUAUGGGCUGGUACAUGGUCAAGUCGGGCCUCGAAGAUCGCUUCCACCAGGAGAGCGAUGUGCCCCGUGUAUCCCAGUACCGCCUGGCAUCUCACCUUGGAUUCGCGUUUGUGCUCUACUCCCUUUUCCUCUGGUCGGCCCUCGAUAAACUUCUCCCAGCCCAGCGGCUUCUCGGCCAGAUCCCGGCAGCCACAUUCCGCUUCAAGGGCCUGGCGCAUGCGACGAAGGCGGCCGUCUUUCUGACCGCACUGUCCGGUGCGUUUGUGGCCGGGUUGGACGCGGGACUCAUCUACAAUUCCUUCCCAAAGAUGGCCGACCGCUGGAUACCGAGCGACAUUCUGGCCCUCUCGCCGACGUUGCGCAACUUCACGGAAAAUCCUACGACGGUUCAGUUCGACCAUCGUGUUUUGGGUACGGCCACGCUGACACUCAUUACCGGGAUGUUUUUGAUAUCGCGCCGAAGAAUGCUUCCACCGAGAGCGUACAAGGCCGCUACGGCGGUGGCCUUUAUGGGUUGGAUGCAGGUGGCCCUCGGCAUUACGACGCUGCUGACGUACGUGCCCGUCCCGCUGGCAGCCAGUCACCAGUCGGGCUCGUUGAUACUGCUCUCGCUGGCCAUUUGGUUAACGCAUGAAAUGAAACUUGUUAAACGACUGCCCAAAUAAACGUGAUAACAAUAUAGUCCC